AUGAGGUUGAACGAAAACACCGCCGUAUCCACGGCCAAAACACUCCUGGUCCCUUACGAUCCCCGGCAUGUCCCAACCUACCACGCCUGGAUGGAAGAUCCUGCCAUCCAAGCAGCCACAGCCUCCGAACCCCUCACACUGGCCGAAGAAUUCGAGAACCAAGCCUCCUGGCGCGCCUCCCACGACAAGCUGACUUUUAUCGUCUGCCAGCCUCUUCCCGGUAUCGGUACUGGGUUAGUGGCGACGACAACAACAGAAACAACGGCAGAAGCAGCAACGGGAGCAACAACAACGGGGACAACAACAGCGACACCAGCACCAGCAGCAACAGCACCACCCCCAGCAAAACCCAUCACCCCCGGCAUCCCAGACAGUCCAACCCACAUGAUAGGCGACGUAAACCUCUUCUUAUACCCCUACGAAGAAGAGCCCGACGAAGAGGACGACGACGACGAUAAUGUAGACAGUUCCGAGAUCAUUCCGAAAGCCUGCACAGGCGAAAUCGACAUCAUGAUCGCCUCCCCCUCCCACCGAGGCCAAGGCGCCGGGCGUGGCGCCGUGCAAGCGUUUUUGCAGUAUAUUUUGCGGAAUGGAGAGGGGAUUAUGAGGGAGUAUGUGGAGGAUAAAGGAGCUGACGCUGGAGGGGAAGCCGAAGGUACAGGUGAAGCAAGGGUGGUAACGCCGCCGAGACUAAAGAUGUUGAUGGCCAAGAUUGGGCAGGGGAAUGAAAAGAGUCUGGCGUUGUUUAAGGGGUUGGGGUUUGUGCAGGAGGGGGAGGUGAAUUAUUUUGGGGAGGUGAAAUUGGUGUUGAGGGAGUGGGAGGGGAAGGUUGGAAGAGUACAAGGGUAUGAGGAGGUUGAAUAUUUAAGGGGGGAGGAACAGCAGUAG